AUGGCAAAGCAGAUUAUGGUUAGGACCAGAGGAUUAGGUCGUGCCUUAGGUCAGGUUACUGGCAGAGGUGUGAGCAGAGGAGAUUGUGAUGAUUCUGAUGAUGCUCCGCAGCGUCAACGGCCUACUGCAUCUACACGGAGGCAGCGAGUCGUUGCGACUGCGGCGCACGAUGAGCCAGUCAUCCCUGCGCCAGAUGUUCAGGAUGACCCGAUGGAGGCACCAACUGCUGUAGAGGACAUUGUGGCAGACAUUUCUGCGGACACAGGCACAGAGGCUGCUGAGGAUGAGCAUGAGGGAUUUCCGAGUGGUCCGAGCGACCCAUCCGUGUUGACCCAGUAUGUGGAUCACGUUGCUUGCAGCGUAUGGACGGGAGAGGAGCGUCCUGAAUUGAAGCUAUCCUCUCAUGGGAGGAAGGUCCAUAGUUUAGGCAGGCCUAUCCCUGCCAUUGAGGGACUUGUUGCUGGUACAGGACUAAGUCCUCUGAUCGCGUGUUUGGUAGACACUGGCGAUCGGGGACUUUUGUCCGCGUUUGUGGAGCGGUGGCACCGGGAGACGUCUAGUUUCCAUCUCCCGAUGGGAGAGCUCACCAUCACGUUGGACGACGUCUCCUUGCUUCUCCAUCUUCCUGUGAUUGGCGACUUACACGCUUUUGAGCCCUUGCACGUGGAUGAUGCGGUUCAGAUGCUGGUAGACUUGUUGAUGGCAGGUCAUUGGACAGCUGCGGCUCGCGCAUAUCUUCUUCACCUUCUGGGUUGCACUCUGUUUGCUAACAAGAGUGCAACCAAUGUCCAUGUUGUCUACUUAGAGGCCCUUCGUGACCUCAGUAUGACGGAGAGGUAUGCUUAG